ACUGCCACUUCAUUUCACCGUUCUGUCGAAAUCACCACUUGGAUUUUCUCUCUCUGUAAAAACCUCUCGCGCUCUUCUGUCUCUCUCUCUUUAGAUCUCGUACGCAGUCGCGCACAACUAAUGUAAACUAAUUUUUUUGGAUAAGCUAAAUGUUCUCGGAAAAUUUUUAAUUUUCUUGGGAAAAUUUUCGAGAUGGACGAGAUCUUCUUUGAUAUGAUGGAGUUUUUGAAGAGACCUUCGAUAACCGAAACAUUUGUCGACAUUCUGCUAUGUGCAGUACCUAUUUGGCUGGCCGUGAUGAUUGGCAUGGUGAUCGGCUGGUCGUGGCGGCCGAGAUGGACCGGAUUGGUGUUCCUGGGUGUCCGGAGCAAAUUCAGGUUCAUCUGGACCGCGCCGCCCGGGUUCGGUGCUCGUAGGCUGUGGCUCGCUGUUACGGCUCUUUCGGCUGUCUCGGCUUGCCGCGCGCUUUGGAAUAAUUUCAAAAGUAAAAGCGUGAAAUCUGCUUCCGGUCCGGUGCCUGCGCCGAUGGCCGCGGUGGGAAGCGGCGAUGAUAUAAGCCCCAGUAGUGUAACUGUAGAGAGAGAGCAGGAUGUUGUUACAGAGAAUGAUUUAGAGCACCUAUUGCAUCUACUUGAAGGGAAGGAUGGAGAGAUGGAAUGGCAAAGACUGAUGGAGAGGUCCAACCCAAACAUGACAUACCAAGCUUGGCGCCAUGAGCCUGAGACAGGUCCUACAGUUUACCGUAGUAGAACUGUCUUUGAGGGUGCAACUCCAGAGUUGGUCAGAGAUUUCUUUUGGGAUGAUGAGUUUCGACCAAAGUGGGAUCCUAUGCUUACAUACUUUAAAAUAUUGGAGGAGUGCCCUCAUACUGGGACAAUGGUUGUUCACUGGAUAAAAAAGUUCCCUUUUUUCUGCAGUGAUCGAGAAUAUGUCAUUGGUAGGAGAAUAUGGGAGGCUGGAAAGACUUAUUAUUGUGUGACCAAGGCGGUGCCAUAUCCAGGUUUGCCCAAGCGUGAUAAGCCAAGGCGUGUGGAGCUUUAUUUCUCAAGUUGGGUUAUCAGAGCUGUGGAGUCACGGAAAGGAGAUGGGCAGCUGUCUGCAUGUGAGGUUUCUCUUGUCCAUUAUGAAGACAUGGGUAUACCCAAAGAUGUGGCGAAGUUGGGUGUGCGACAUGGGAUGUGGGGAGCUGUGAAGAAAUUGCAUUCAGGCAUGAGAGCAUAUCAGAACGCCAGGAAAUCAGAGGCUUCAUUGUCUAGAAGUGCACUCAUGGCAAGAAUCACGACAAAAAUUUCUUUUGAUGGAAGCAUGGACUAUUUGGAUCCAGCUUCCGGUGAAGAAGAAAAAGGGCAGGUUGUGGGCCCCAGAAGUCAGAGAGAUCAUGGCAUUGAUUGGAAAUGGAUAGUAAUUGGUGGAACCGUGGCUCUGGUUUGUGGACUCCAUUCAGGUGCACUUGGGAAGGUGUUGUUGCUUGGAGCUGGUCGGAGGAUUGCCCAGCGGUAAACGUUUUUCCAGCGAAGACCUUGUGUCUAUAAAAUUCUGAGUGUCAUUUAAAAUUUUACUCACGUUGAUGCAUCAAUUAUUUUAAUUAAGAUUAAUACAUAUCAGUUAUUUUUCUAUAUAGGCAUCAAAUGUAUUGGGUCACUCCUUUCAUCAAGUGAAGACUACGUUCUCUGUUUUUACUUUAGAUACUGAUCA